ACUCCCACCGGACCGCACCAGGCACCCAUCCACCAUACCCCAAUUCUCCAGCGCCCUGUCCAGGAACCAGUCAACGCCGCUCGCCGCCGAACGGCUCCUGGUCACCACAGGGCACCGAGAAAAUUGCAGCUAGAAACAGAUCCGGAAGCAUCCUUAGUGAUAGUAGGAUGGAUCGUGAGAUGCCUCCACUAAAUGCUACGGGUGCGGAAGAUCUACCGCCGGCGGCCAGGGAGACGACGUUGGAUUCGAGCCAGGGGUCAACCAGCCCCUCGGUGGCGGCCGCCAGCCCGCUUCUAGUUCACGACGGAUGCGGGGCGGCCCAGACCUUAACGCCGGCCGCACCUUGCUUCCAGUUCUCGCCAGACGAUGCGGGUUCUCAGGCAAGGGCGCCGGUGCUGGCUGAAUCAGGCGUUGUGCCUGGUGAGCCGCCUGAAGAUGCCCAUAUCGAGCCGGCGGCCUCGGCCUGUGGUGGCUUGGCGAGCUGUGCCCGAAGCAGCGCCAGCUGCCUAGAACCCGGAUUUGGAGGCGAGCAGUCCAUGCUCACCUCCGACUCCAUGGAAGCUGCACCUGAUCAAUCGGUCCUCGUCGGCGGCGCGUAUGGCGUUGCUGGGGCACCUGAUCGGUCAACAAAUUUCGGCUGGAAGCGACGGCCUAGAGGGCCACCUGUUCCGGAUGAGCGCCCUCCAUCCGUCGGCAGGGUGCCCGCUCUCGAAUCCUCGUUGCAUGGCUUCGCCAAUAGGCAGUCGGAAGUGAUAGUCAAUCCAACAAUGGGAACUGUAUUUGACUCGCUUCCUGAAGCUUACGAGUUUUACAACCUCUAUUCCUGGGAGAGUGGCUUUGGUAUUAGAUAUGGAAAGAGCAGGCAGAAUGUUCGCGGCUCCAAGUGCAUGCACGAGAUAGUGUGCGGCAGUGCGGUAAGCACAACUAUACCUGCGUGAUCCCUAUUUUUUGCAAUGUAAAGGCCAAAACACGGUGAAAAUGAAUCAGCUUGAUGUUUGUGUGAAUAUGCUUUUAUUUGUUGGUUGUUGCGUCA